GUCAAAUACAGUGCAGUGAUUUCACUCAACAGCACAGAUAUUUUACCGGCAGGUUGGAUCUAAAAACAAACAACCAAAAAAGAAGUCAUGGUUCAUGGGAAGAAGUUGGCCAAGGAGACGCUGCUGCCGUCUGUGCUGGAAGACGAUGACGCAGAAACAGAAAGUGAGAAGCUGCAGCUGGGGGAGCGAGGAGCGAGCCGGACAGAGGUCGACGUGCGUGGGCCAAAGGACCAACGCUCAAGCUCUGAUGGGAAUGUGCUAGACAGAGGUGAAAGAGAGGGUGAAGAGAAAGAGGAGGAGGAGGAGGAGGAGGAGCUGGGAGGAGAGGAGUUUGUGAUCUCUGACAAGGACUGCGACACAGAUUUGGAGCUGGAAGGUACGGAGGAGGCAUACGACCCGACGGGGCAGACAUACUACAUGGAGGCGUGUGAAAGGUUACAGGUGGUGCCUGCCUCUUCCUUCCUGCGGCACAUUAGAGAUAGCGAGCUGUCCAUGGCGCAUUAUGGACUUGGGCCUCAGGGCACCAAAGCACUGGCGGUUCCCCUGGUAACCAACACUUCAAUACUGAGGCUGAACCUGCGAGAUAAUUGGAUGGAAGGAAUGGGCGGAGCUGCUAUGGCCAAGAUGUUGAAGGAAAAUUGUUACAUUACAGAGGUGGACCUAUCCGACAACAAUCUUGGGGAUUACGGGGCCAGAGCCAUAGCUGGGAUGCUUAAGGAGAACAGCACCCUGGUGAGCCUGAAUCUGUCGGGAAACCAUUUCACAGACCGGUCUGCCGAACACCUCGGCCCAGCUCUCAUCACCAACACCAGGCUGCAGCACCUCGACAUCAGCCACAAUGCUCUGGGAGAGCGUGCAGGGCAAAUCCUCGGAGACUCUCUGUCAGAGAACACGGGGUUGAGAUCAUUAAGUCUGGCCUGGAACGGCAUUAGAGGGAGAGGAGCUGUGAUGUUAGCCAAUGGCCUCGGGGGACACAUUUCACUCAGAACAGUGGAUUUGUCAUUUAAUGGCUUUAGUAAAGAAGGAGCCAUUGCUUUAGGACAGGCUCUGAAAGAGAACAACAUUUUGGAGGAGCUCAAUAUGAGUAACAACCGAAUACCCCCUGAAGGAGCCAUCCCCCUCACCAUGGGCCUCAGAGUAAACAAGACAAUCAAAUCCCUGAAUAUGGGCAGGAACCCCAUCCUCAGUGCUGGGUGCUAUGGUAUCCUCAAGUCUAUACAGGAAAACCCAGAUUCAGCCAUGGAAGCAUUAAACUUUGCUGGCAUCCCGGUGAACCAGGAUUUUGAGGACUUGUAUACAAAAGUGAAAGAAAUAUUCCCUGCGCUUACAAUAAACCAUGGGGGCAGAAUUGGCACAUUUAGAAAAGCAAAAGCUUGAAAAUCGUUACUGUAAUUGCUGUACUUUUAUGCCAGAAGAGAUGGAAGGAGUCUUGUCAAAGCUCUGUGGACGUUUUCAUCAACAGAUGAAGCAAAGGACGGAUGCCUGCAAGGAUAUCAUCUUUUAAAAAGCUGUCAUUUCUGUAAAAAGAUCCACGAAAGCAUAUCCUUCUGAGUAAAAUGCAUUUUGAAUAUAUAAAACUGGUUCAAUGUUAAAUGAAAAUAAAGAUAUUUCCGAGGUAGUUUGUUCAUUUUCUAAAAGAAACGCUACAUAAACAGCUUGUGUGCCAUUAGCAAUAUAGUGUUGUUAAAGCUAUUGAACACAGGUACAGGUAUUGAGUUUGAUUCUUUUUAGGUAUGAUCUGAUUUGAUGUUAUAUAAUGUCAGUGGGUAGAAUGAUGGAGAGGAUCAGAGAGCACUGCAUUGUGUAUGAAAAGAACUGAAAGUGGGUUGCACAAAAAGGAUUUAAGUACUGCAUGACUAGUCUAAUAGAGAAACCAUAUUUGAAAGAAUGGGUCACUAUUAGAUAAGAGACCUGUUUACUGCAGCAGGACAACUCAAAUAGUGUCAGAUACAGUAAGCAGUCAUUUGGAGAUGUGUCCCUCCCACACACACCCAAAGAGGAUCGCCAACCCAGUCAUUUUAUUUUAUAUUAUCUAUAAAAAUAUUAAGAAUAUCUGGUAAUAUCACUUACAUUAGCCAGGCCUAUGUUAUCUUUAAAUGCAGGGAUGGAAAGUAGCUAAACUAUUGUUUUUAAUACUCUUUUUAAAUACGAUGUUGAGGUACUUAAUGUACUUUACUUGAGUUUUAUAUUUUCUGUAACUAAAUGAGGAAAGGAAGAAUAGCUGUAGUUGUAGUUCCUUUGUAGAGAGAGAGAGUUUAAGAUUUUCCAUUACGAAUAAAAACACAAAAACAAACAACAAUUCAACAACUGGACCACCUGCACUCAACUGUAGUUAGAUAUAACAAUACAUUUUACAAUAAUAUUCACUUUAUCAUAUAAUGAGUUCUUUCACUUCUGAUAAGGUAGGCCUACAUUUUGUUGUAAUACUUUACUUCUAUGACAAUAAAUGACUAAACUUUUAGUAAAAUGUUGA